UUUUACUAAUGUUUGGUUUUGUACCAUGUAGGUUGGACAGGAGAAAGCAGCGGAAGAUAAAGGACUGGGACAAGCAUCAUGCACAGUAUGUUACCUGCUUCCAUCUUAGUGUGGAGCAAGCUCGUAACAGUGCACGCGCCCAACUUCGUGAGCAUAACACUUGCUUUCGAUAACUACCUACGAUGGUUUCUUGGAAGUACUCGAGUUGAGAUAUGCCGGCCGGCAUACAAUGAUGAUAUUCUUGAAGAGCCCAUAAACUUUGAGGAUGUAUCGAAGCGGCGGUACAACAAAGAUAUCAAGGAAGGGCAAGGAGUUCCUACUGUUCCGGUCAUUAACUAUGUAGGAAAGUGUUCCCUUCUUUACUUUCCCGUUGGCCGUAUUACACCUGUUUGAAUGGCUAACGCGUUCAUUCGUUCUCAUCCGCAGCGCGACCAGAUCAAUAAAUCAGCUGAUGAAAGCGAGUCUAUUCUGGAGAAGACUUCGGUUGGAGAAGGAAAUGAUGAUGGUUCACUACGAGCAUUCCUCAAGCGUCAGGCCAAGAAAUUAAGGCGGUUAUCGAAUCUUCUCCGUUGCCGUGAUCCCGAAUUUGAUGAACCUCCAGCCUCUAGGUCUGGUACACCAUCAGACCCCUUAUCUCACCAUCAGGGGGACGAUGUGAGUUCCUCACAUGCUUAUCUGGAUGAUGAGGGUGUGGUCACCCAAGAGGGCGAUGACCUUGAUGAUGACAUGACUUUGGCGAACGCUCAAGUUCGGUCCGCAUAUAUGUUGAAGCCUAGGCAACCCAUACGCCGAUACACGCCCACCGACUUUGACAACAGAGGCAACCCAAAGGUGGUCGUAGGGACCUCGCGGAUGGCUACCUUGGAUGAUGAGGCUGAGGAGGAAUUGUAGGAAGAGGAGGCUCGUCCUAACAGGAAGAAGAAGAUUGCCUGCAGGCGUGGCACCAGGACCAUGCGCGGAAGGCAUCAGUGACCUUGUAGCCGUUACAUUAGGUUGACGAACUUGUGAGGUUAUGUCAUAUGUUGGUGAACUCUUAUUAGUGUGGUCAUUGUGUUUGCGAACUUGUAGUAAUGUUGAAUUGUCCUAAACUAUGUGAUG